AUGUCCUUCCCGAAGCUUAUCCCAGCCUUCACGGCUCAGAUUGUGAUCGAACCCCCCGCCAGCGUCGGCACCACCGCCCGCGGCGGCACCAUUCUCUUCGUCCCCUUCGUGCCCAACAGCGGCUCCGUCAAGUCCGAGGCCUCGUACCCGAUCCAGCUGGACGCCGAGUUCGUGCACGGCGCCGACUAUGUGCGGAUGGACCCGAACGGCGAGAACGUCCGACUCGAGAUCCACAGCGUCGCCAAGGACAAGGCCACGGGCGCGCUCUUCCGGUUCAGUUACACGGGCACUGUCUCCCUGGCGGGUCCCGCGGGCAAGGUGUUCCGUGGCGAGCCGGAUAUGGCCACGACAGGGUUCGGUGAUGCUUUCACCCAUCACGUCUUCGAGACUGGCGAUGAGAGGCUUGGCCCUCUCCAGAACAAGGUCUUUGUUGGAUCUGGCAGGUUCAUCAUUGAACCUGGUAAGCCGGUUGUGGUCGAGUACAAGAUUAGCGAGGUGACUGCUUCCUAG